GUCGUUACUGUUCAGUUCAUCCUGUUCAGAUGGCAUCUGGCUCAUAAUCAUCUGUGAUUGCAUUUGGUGGUAUUAGCUGGCUAAUCGCUUGUACCAAGGCAGUAUCAGCUAGUACUAAUCAUGGCACCAAGCUGGGCUUCUACACACCGUAGUUGUUUAGUCAGCAGCGUGGUUGGCGGGUUCUCUUCUGUCGAUGCCGCUGAUCACUACUGACAAUAAAGAGAGAGAAAAGGGUGCCUUGAUGGUAACCCAAGACUCAUGUAAACUACUACCUGAUUUCCUGAAUGUACCAGUCCAUCCAUUUGAGCAGACUGAACUGAAACGAGAAUUAUCAACAAAAAAAAAACAGAAACGAGAAGGAGAAACGAGAAUUAUCAUAGGUUCCGGCCCAUCACGUGUGUUGGUGUGGUGGUAAACUUGGACCAUAAAGACGUAUAACUUCUGGGCCUUUCAAAGUCCAAGAGAGCCCACGCAACAUUGGCCCAGCCCUUUUCCUUUUGCCCGUCGUACGUAUCUCAGCUAUCAGUACCCCAAUAAGCCCAACCCACCACUGCUCUAUUCCAUUUCCACGCACGCCGCAUCUAAAACCUCUUGCGAAUGCGAUCCCGGCCAACCUCGGCCGCUCGGUUCGCCAUCUCGAAUUCUCCCGCAAAGUUCCAUCUCAAGCCUGACCCGACAGCGCAACCCGAGCAGGAAAACAAAGCAAAGCAUGGCCACGCGCGUCGCCGCAGCAACGCUCCUCCCCGUCGUCCUCUCGCUGCUGCUCCUGCCGCGCACGGACAGCAGCUCCGACGACUACUCGGCGUUCGUGUACGCCGGGUGCUCGCAGGGGCGCUACGCCGCCUCCACCCAGUACGCCUCGGGUGUGGACUCCGUGCUCACCUCGGUCGCCAACAGCGCGCCCUACGCCCCCUACGCCAACUUCACCGCCCCAUCGGACUCCUCCCUCGUCGGCCUCUACCAGUGCCGCUCCGACCUCCCGGCCUCCGUCUGCACCGGCUGCGUCCGCUCCGCCAUCUCCAGGCUCUCCUCCCUCUGCUCCUGGUCCGCCGGCGGCGCCGUGCAGCUGCGCGCCUGUUUCGUCCGCUACGGGAACGACUCGUUCCUGGGGAAGCAGGACACGGCCGUGCUGUUCAAGAAGUGCGGCGGCACGCCGGGGGACGCCGGCGGGGUGGCCAUGCGGGACUCGGCGCUCGGCGCGCUCGUGGCCGCGGCGGCGCCGGAGGGCGGAGGGUACCGCGCCGGGGGAUCGGGCGCCGUGCAGGCCAUGUCGCAGUGCGUGGGGGACCUCGACGCCAAGGCGUGCUCCGACUGCGUCUCGGCCGCGACCAGGCAGCUCAAGGCCGGGUGCGGCUACGCCACGGCCGGCGAGGUAUACCUCGGCAAGUGCUACGCGCGCUUCUGGGCCAACGGCAGCGGAGGCUUCAGCAGCAGCGCCGGCCGGCAUGGAUUUGGUCUAGUCCACGCGAUCGCCACCGGUUUCUUCGCUUCUUUGGUUUAUGUCUCACUAGUCAUAUAGGUUUAGUUCACUAGAUGCAUCAUGAUGUUGAAGACUUGAGAAGUAGCUUUGCUGUGUUUUAUCAUCUUGUAUGAUUAUUGUGCAGUGCAGUUUUUACUCUUGUGCUGAAGGUAAGAUGAGGUUCUUGUAGCUUAACUGGGUUCCUGAUCAAGUUUGUAACUGUAAAGUUCUGAUGUUGUGAGCAUGUAACUAUACAUGCCGAAUCCUAAAUACAUAGGUUUUCGUUGCAGUUUACCAUCAUCA